AUGUCUGCGGUAAGACCUCGAAUCAGUGUUUACUCUGAAGCUGGAGAUGGAUGUAUUUCUACUCUAGUACUUCCCGCAGUGUUCAAAGCUCCAAUUCGACCUGAUAUUGUAAGAUUUGUUCAUACAAAUAUCUCAAAAAGUAACCGUCAACCUUAUGCGGUAUCAUCAAAAGCCGGUCAUCAAACAUCAGCAGAAUCUUGGGGUACUGGACGUGCAGUUGCUCGUAUUCCUCGUGUUUCUGGUGGAGGCACUCAUCGUGCCGGACAGGGUGCUUUCGGUAACAUGUGUCGUGGCGGUCGUAUGUUCGCACCUACCAAAAUUUGGCGUAAAUGGCAUAUAAAAACUAAUCUUAACCAAAAACGAUUUGCCACUGCGUCAGCUUUAGCUGCAUCAGCCAUCCCAGCUCUUGUAUUGGCACGGGGCCAUAGAAUUGAAGAAAUUCAAGAAAUACCACUUGUAAUUGGAAACGGCAUUGAAUCUUUAACCAAAACUAAAACAGCCGUUGACCUUCUAAAAGCAGUUCAUGCUUAUAAAGAUGUGGUUAAAGUUUCUAACUCUCGUAAAUUACGAGCUGGUAAAGGUAAACUACGUAAUAGACGCCAUCGCCAACGCAGAGGACCUUUGAUAGUUUAUAAUGAAGAUCUUGGUGUUGUUAAAGCUUUUCGCAACAUUCCUGGAGUUGAAUUGGUUAACGUCAAAAAUUUAAAUUUAUUACAAUUGGCACCUGGUGGUCAUUUGGGUAGAUUUAUUAUUUGGUCUCAAGGUGCUUUUGCUAUGUUGGACGCCUUAUUUGGAACUUAUAAAAAGGCUGCUGAUUUGAAAAAAGACUAUCGUUUACCACAACACAUUGUUUCCAAUCCCGAUGUCACUCGCCUCAUUAAUUCUAAUGAGAUUCAGCAAGUUCUUCGACCUGCUGGAGAAAAGCAUCAAAAACGUCCCUAUACUCAAAAGAAAAAUCCUCUUCGUAAUAAUGGUGUAAAAAUCCGUUUAAAUCCUUAUGCUAAGGUGUUGCAAAGAGCAGAAAUUAUUGCCGCUGAAAAACGAAAGGCGGGUAAAGUGAAAAAGAAACGAGUUCAAUUUAAAGCUUCGACAAAGGUUUCUCCAAG